GAAGCGUAACGUGCAUCAGCCUCAAAGGAGAGCUGGAUGGCGGCGGCGGGGUGGGUCGGAGCAGCUGAGCGGGUGCUGCCGGCCUCGCCCAACUGGUACUGCAGCCGCUGUAGUGACACCUCUGAGGAUGGCCGCCUUUUCGGUUUCGCGGCUCGCAAUAACGUUUGCCUUUUGGAGAUCCGCUCCGGCGUGCCCGCGUUCCAUGGUGAGCUAGUGGGUCACACUGAGAGAGUUUCUGGUUUCUCAUUUUGCCACUAUCUUGGUCAAGACAACUAUUGUGCCAGCAGCUCUGACGAUGGGGCUGUGAAAAUCUGGGAUUUGCAGACACUGACUGCUGUAACAGAACAUACACUGCAUCAGAAUACAAUUUCUGCUUUGCACUGGUCACCCCAGGUGAAAGAUUUAGUUGUGUCUGGUGAUGAGAAGGGAAUAGUUAUUUGCUACUGGUAUAAUCGAAGUGACAGCCAGCAGUUCUUUCCAGAACCCAGGACUAUAUUCUGCCUCACUUGUUCUCCACACCACGAGAAUUUGGUAGCCAUUGGCUAUAAAGAUGGGAUUGUGGUUAUAAUCGACAUCAGCAGGAAGGGAGAAGUUGUCCAUCGCCUGAGAGGCCAUGAUGAUGCAAUACACUCUCUGGCCUGGUGCCCUGUGCUUGGUGAGGAAAGUCUCUGCAGUCGGCAAGAAGAGGGCCAAGAAGAUGCUGUUAACGGAUGUGUGCUAGAAGAUGCAACAAGUGUAACGAAAGGCUGUUACUUGGCUUCAGGAAGCAAAGAUCAGACCAUCCGUGUGUGGAGCUGUUCUCGAAGCAGAGCGGUGAUGACUCUGAAGUUGCCGUUCUUGAAAAGGAGAGGUGGAAGCAUUGAGUCUGCUGUCAAGGAGCGCCUUUGGUUGACUCUGCACUGGUCCCGAAGCCAGCCCACGCAAAUCUUCUCCAGUUGCUUUGCAGGUGAACUGCUACAAUGGGACUUGGCCCAGCAUGGAAAACGGAAGUGGGUGAUUCUAGGAUCUUCAGCUGAAGGACAAAACCACUCUAGAAUAGUGUUCAAUUUGUGUUCUUUUCAGACAGAAGGCAGAGAGCUACUUCUCUCCAUUUCAAUGGAUAGAGAUGUAAAGUGUUGGGACCUGACCACUUUAAACUGCUGCUGGACGAUGCCCUCUCUUGGGGGCUUUGUUUAUAGCCUGGCUUUCUCCCCUGUGGAUACAGGCUCUCUUGCUAUAGGAGUAGGGGACAGCAUGAUACGGGUGUGGAAUACUUUGUCAAUAAACAAUCACUAUGAUGUGAAAACUUUCUGGCAGGGCAUUAAAUCCAAGGUCACAGCUUUGUCUUGGCAUCCAACUAAAGAAGGCUGUUUAGCUUUUGGGACAGAUGAUGGGAAAGUUGGUGUGUAUGACACUUACUCUAACAAGCCCCCUCAGAUCUCCAGCUCUUACCACAAGAAAACUGUGUAUGCGUUAGCCUGGGGACCUCCUGUUUCCCCAUUAUCUUUUGGAGAAGAUGGUGACAGACCUUCAGUAACCUUGUAUAGCUGUGCAGGAGAGGGAACUGUCUUCCAACACAAUCCUUGGAAACUUAAUGGGGAAGCCCAUGACAUCAACAAAGUUAUCAGAGAAACUAAUUCAAUCAAACACAAAUUACCAGCUCACACAGAAAUCAGCUGGAAACCAGAUGGCAGUGUCUUGGCUAUUGGUAAUGAAGAUGGAUCAAUUGAAAUAUUUCAACCUCCCGAACUGAAAUUGCUGUGUACCAUCCAGCAACACCAUAAACUCAUCAAUGCUAUUCGUUGGCAUCACGAUCAUGCGGCGCAGCCAGAUCUGAGUUACAUGAUAGCCUCUGGCUCAAACAAUGCUAUUAUUUAUGUGCAUAACAUCAAGAAUGUCAUAGAGAACUCUCCAGAGGGGCCUGUGACAAUAACGGAGCCUUUCCGUACUCUGGCGGGGCAUACAGCUAAGAUCACUAGCUUGGCCUGGAGCCCACAUCAUGAUGGAAGACUUGUCUCUGUAUGCUAUGAUGGCACUGCUGAGGUGUGGGAUGUUCUAAAGGAAGAGCCUUUGCACAAUUACAGGGGACAUCGGGGCCGCUUGCUAUGUGUGCAGUGGUCGCCUGUGGACACAGACUGCAUUUAUACUGGAGCUGAUGACUUCAGCGUUCAUAAAUGGGUGCCUGUGAAGCAAGAAUACAGCCAUCCCCCCCAAGGUAAGAAGAAUAUUGAGCUGGAGAAAAAGAGAAGCUCUGCACUCAAACCAAAAACCAAGAAAAAGAAAAAGCCUCCAGGGAAGGAGUCUUCAACACAGGACAUGAGCAUUUCGGCGAAUGGUGGUGAGGAUGUCACGGAUACUAUAUUAGAGGAGAACGGGCUGUCAGACCAAGAGAAAGAAAAGGAACAAGAGGAGGCAGCUGAGAAACCUUCUGUGGAAGUCCACAAGGAUCCCUCUACAUGUCCAUCACUUGCUUACACACCAAACGUUCCAAAACCUUAUGUGAGCUUUAGAACCCCUCCUGUGAGGAAGGAUCAUAUCAAACCAGGGUCAGACUCGUCCAUGAAGAGGAAAAAGCCACGCUCCAUCCUGCCUCUCAGCAUAUCUAUGGACCAAAGGUCCAAAGAGGAACUGCAUCAAGACUGUAUGAGACUAGCAACUUGCUUACACUCCAAAGCAGAUCAGGAGGAGGAUUUACCAGUGGAUCAUGUCCAUUUGGGGCUAUUCACUGAUAGACCUACAUUGUACAGAAUGAUGGAGGCUGAAGGAAAAAGCCAUUUAGAGAACGGACAUCCAGAUUUAUUUCAACAGCUUAUGGUCUGGAAAGGAGAUCUGAAAAGUGCUCUCCAGUCAGCAGCAGAAAGGGGAGAACUGACGGACCAGCUGGUGGCUUUCUCGCCAAUGGCUGGCUAUCAAGCCUGGGUGUGGACUGUAGAAGCCUUUGCAAAGCAGCUGUGUUUUCAGGAACAGUAUGUCAAGGCUGCAUCUCAUCUCCUCUCUCUCCAUAAAGUGUAUGAGGCUGUGGAGCUGCUGAAAUCACACGGUUUUUUCAGGGAAGCCACUACAAUUGCCAAGGCUAGGCUGCGUCCUGAAGAUCCAGUUCUGAAAGAUCUCUAUACCAACUGGGCAGCAGUACUGGAAAAGGAUGGCCAUUAUUCCCUGGCUGCCAAAUGUUACCUGGGCACUGGCUCUCCUUAUGAUGCUGCCAAAGUGCUGGCUAAGAAGGGAGACCCUACAUCUCUUAAAGCAGCCGCUGAACUUGCUUUGAUAGCUGGAGAGAAGGACCUGUCGGUGACAUUUGCUUUUCGGUGUGCCCAGGAACUUUUGUCUACCAAGAACUGGGUUGGGGCACAAGAAGUUCUGCAGCAGCAUGAGAGCUUAUUGGGACACAGACUGGUGUUCUGUCUUAACGAGUUGCUUCAUAAAUGCCUUAGUGAAAGGAAUCCAGUGGAAAACAGAAGCCCAUCUGUACCUUGCUACCACAGCUGGGUAGUAAAGAAAGACUGUUCUUUCAUAGAAAUUGUGACCACUAUAUGGCAGAGUGUAUUCGGUGUGCAUACUGCUGAACAAGCACAGAACAUGUUUGAACAAUUACAGAGUAUUGAGUAUCCUCCUGUCACAAGCAACACUCACCUCAGGCAGCUCCUGUUCUACAUAUCCCAUGAGUUGACCUUGGCACUUCUAAGCUAUCAGACUGCUUCCUGGAUAGAGGUGGUGAAAACCAUUCUUGCAGCUGUGACUCGGAGUUAUGAUGCUGGAAAUUUUACCCUUAUGCAAGAAAUUUGCAAUCUCAUCCUUCCUAAAGGUUGUGAUCAUCUAAGAAAAAAGUUAGACAGCACAGAUGUGCAGAGCUUGACAGCAUGCAGGAGCUUAGAGGCAUUUCUGGCCUAUGGGCAACUAUACUAUCUGUGGUGGAACCUCUGUGAGGAUUCCCUGGUCUCAGAAGAGCCAAGACUUACUUCUGAGGUGUAUGGUAGUAAGCAGUCCACCCUCUAUUGCCAGAGCAAUGGCGCAGGACUCUCUAACCCUACAGAAGGUAUGUAUCACAGUGAAGCCGGGCCUGAAGAACUCUUUCCCCAAAGUAGUGAUGGUACUAGCUCAGAAACUGAUUCUUCACCCAAGUCAAGCCUGCUAAUGGAGAGACAAGUGAAACUGAGAAGCUGUGCAGUGCUACUUUCAGAAGAACAUGCUGCAGUCCAGAGUUUGCAGAGGGAUAUCUCUAUUGUUCAGCAGACUUUGACAGACAUGAUCUGCCAGCAUCAGAAAAAGAACCUUCAGCAGAGCACCACUGAUGAGCAGGAUUUGAAGGAAACAGAGUUUUCCCUAUCAAGUCAGAGUCAAAAUAAAAAUGACAGUGAGCCAAUCUGUCUACCAGAUCUGAUGAAACAGCUUCAAGAAACAAAUAAGAAACUAGCAGAGUUUCCAACUAGUAUAAAGGAUUUGCCUUUCCCAGAUGUCCUGGAGUGCUGCCUGGUUAUACUUCACAUGGGAGUACUGUGGGGGACAGAUCUGGACCCAGAGCUGCAGAAACAGUCCUUGUACCUACUUCAAAAAUAUAAAGGGACUCUCAUCUAUAAAGAAGCUUGUAGGAAGUUCUUCAUAUGAAUCUCCUGGUUCCUAUCAAGUAAUUUUUUUCCUUGAUGUGAAGGACUACUUGUGGAUAUUAAUCUGAUGUUUCAUUUUAGAAUGGAUGAAUAAACUCAAGGGACUAUUGUUAUAUAGUCUUGUUUUGUUAUAUAAAUUCUUUGCAAAGAACCCACUGCUUUCCCCCCGCCAAUAUUGUAAAACAUUUUACACUGUAAAGCAAAUAUACAGAGUAUUCUGAUGCCCAGUCAUCCUUCAGAGCAUUGAGGAGGACAU